AUGGAGUACGCAACAAACCUUUCGGAAACGCAUCUAGAAGUGGCCCCGUUGACGCUGGCAAACAUGUCAACGAGUGGAUCACCGACGAUCGCUUUCAACUACCUUGAACGCACGUGGAACAGCCUGCUUGAUGUGAUAGGUGAUGAUCCCGAUGUGCUGUACGUAUGGUUUCUUACCGCCUACGUGUACGGUCUGUUCUGGAUCGUGGGCCUGGCGUUCGUCACGAUGGACCUAACCGGGCGGCCACAGUGCCUGCGGAGGUACAAAAUACAGCCGGGCAAGAAUGAGCCUCUGGCGUGGAAACGGUUCAAGCAGCUCGUCCUGACCGUGCUGCGCAAUCAGCUCCUGUACGGCAUACCGACCAGCUACUUAGUGUUUCACAGUCGCAAACUGUGGAUGACCGACGAUGUACCCCCGGUGCGGAUACUUCCUCCGCUCUGCACCAUCGCACAGGACCUGCUCGUGUGUAUCCUGUGCUGGGAGAUCGGUUACUACUACACGCACCGAUUGCUGCACAGCCGGCUGCUGUACCGACACUUCCACAAGCAGCACCACGAGUGGGGUGCACCGGUUGCGCUGGCCGCGAUGUACUCCCAUCCGGUGGAGUUUGUCCUGAGCGACCUGCUGCCCGUGUAUGCCGGGCCGGCAAUAAUGCGCAGUCACGUCUUCACGAUCCUGAUUUGGUUCACGUACGUAACGAUCGACACCCUGGCCGACCAUUCCGACUACCAUCUGCCGUUUCUGGCCAGCUCCGAGUUUCAUGACUACCAUCAUCUGAACUUUAACCAGUGUUACGGCAACUUUGGACUGUGGGACAUCGUGCACGGUACGGCGGACGAGUUUCUGAAGAAAAAACAAUUCCGACGACACCGUCGGCUGUUCACCCUACGGUCGGCCCGGGAAUGGAUUCCGGAUAAGGAGACGUAG